AUGUACAACAAUAAGGUAGACCUCCUGGCCCACAUGUGGCGCUACCCCACAGUCUCCAUCCACGGCAUCGAGGGAGCCUUCUCGGCCCCUGGCACCAAGACCGUGAUCCCCGCCAAAGUCGCCGCUAAGUUCUCCAUCAGACAGGUCCCCAGCAUGGACCCGGAGGUGGUCAAAAAGCAGGUGACGGAGUACCUGGAGGCGGCGUUCGCCCGGAGAAAGAGCCCCAACAAGCUGAAGGUGGCCAUGAUGAUCGGGGCCAAGCCUUGGCUGGCCAACACCCAGCAUGUGCUCUACGAAGCUGGGAAGAAGGCUGUCAAGAGAGUGUUCAACGUGGAGCCCGAUAUGAUCCGCGAGGGCGGGACCAUCCCCGUGGCCAGGACCUUCCAGGACGUGACCGGGAAGGGCAUCAUCAUGAUGCCCAUCGGAGGCUUCGACGACGGCAUGCACUCCCAGAACGAGAAGAUCAGCAGAUACAACUACCUGGAAGGCACCAAGCUGUUCAUCGCCUACCUCCAUGAAGUCUCCCAGAUUCAGAAGAGUAGAGUGUGAGCGUCCUCUACGGCUUGUCUUGGCUAAAACGACAGUGUCCUAACCCUCAGAUCCCCGGCUAUCCGUCUCUGUCUAUCUAUCCAUCAAUAGAUCAAUAUAUUCAUGUAUCUAUAUCUAUAAAUCUGUCUAUCUGUUCAUUUUUCACCUCUUAUGUCAUAUUACAUUCAAUUUUAUCAAAAAGGUGCAGCUUAUCCUCAUCCAGAUUCAUGGAUUGGAGGAGGUGCGAUUGGUAAUCAUUAUUUGCUGGCGUUGGUUUGUUGUCCUUCGAUUUCCUUACAGCACUGUAUGUGUUUUGUGGCAAUUAAAUGCACAAUGCAACAAAAACU